AUGCCCGUUGUUCAAAGGAUACAGACACGGAUGUUCCCGACGGUGAGAGUGUCUUUUACGGGACUGAAGAGCGAAGAUCGGUAUAUUGUGCUGCUGGAUAUCGUCCCUAUCGACAACAAGAGAUACAGAUACGCCUACCACCGCUCCUCGUGGCUGGUGGCUGGCAAGGCCGACCCGCCGCCCCCAUACCGCCUCUACGCCCACCCGGACUCCCCCUACACCGGCGACCAACUCAAGAAGCAGAUCGUCACGUUUGAGAAGCUAAAACUCACCAAUAAUGAGCUGGAUAAGCAUGGCCAUAUCGUCCUCAACUCGAUGCACCGCUACCAGCCUCGGAUCCACCUCGUCAGACGCCACGACUCGGGCCAAGGACCAGUGGCAGACCUGGACCUUGAAGACCACAAGACCUUCAUCUUUUCUGAGACCGUUUUCACCGCGGUCACGGCCUAUCAGAAUCAGCUGAUCACGAAACUCAAGAUCGACAGCAACCCAUUUGCUAAGGGCUUUAGGGACUCAUCGCGUCUCACAGACUUCGAGAGAGAGACGAUGGAGAGCAUGCUGUCGGACCACCCGUACUUCCGCAGCACGCUGGCACCCGUGCUCGACGCGCACCACAGCUCGGCCGCGCCGCUGUCCCUGGAGGAGCGGGCCGUCCUCGCCGCCCGCGCCCAGAUGUUCUUCCGGCAGUCCCACUCCUCCACGCCCACCACGCCCACCACCUCGCUGGCCUCCUCCUCCCUGGCCCCGCCCUCGUCGUCCUUCGCCUCGGGCGGCCUGGGGCCCGGCCUGAGCUCCGGCAUGGGCGCGGGCCUGGGCGGCCUGAGCAGCCUGCCGCCCGCCCUCACGCAGCUCUACAGCCUGGGCGCCGCGGGCCGGGCGGCGUCGGUGCAGUCCUCGGUCAACCUGCCGCUGCAGCUGUGGUCGCAGUGGGCGGCCCUACACGGCCUCAACCAGGUCAACGCCACCUUACUCGCCCACCACGCGUCUCUCACGGCUGCGGCGGCCGCCCACACGUCCCCCGCGGGCGUGGGCGCCGUGUCCAGCGUCGGAGGAAGCAACCCCCAACCCUCGGGCGCCACGGGCGGGGGCGAGAGCGGGGGCGUGCGGCUCCCCCGCCCCGUGUACCCGCCCCUCGCUCCCGGCCUGCACAGAUUCGCUCCGUAUUUCCACCCGAAGGGCAGCCAGUCGCCCACGCACACCCGCCCCGGCUCCCCCGACGCCCGCCCCCCGCCCGAGGGCUCCCCGGGGCAGCCCGCCUGA